CCAUCACAGCCCAGUCUAACGGCGAACGACCAAUCCGCGCCGGCUGACCUCACCGGGCUUCCGUACAGGGACCGGAAACAGGAAGUCACAGCUUACUGUGGGCACUGCUGGCAUAACAUGUGCAGGAAGAGGGGCAAUUAAACCAUCCCAGGGAUUCAGCAGGCUCUAACUGCUCUCUCUGCUCAUAUACAUAAUUCUGAUCAUAUAUAGGAUGGAGCGUAAGUAAAACAAAGCAAGUAUGAGUGAGAGUGUGUGUAUGUAUAUAUAAAUAAAUAAUAUAUAUAUAUAUGUGCAUAUUCAUUUUUACAUUUUUAUUAGGGUAACUUACAGAAUUAUUUUAGGCAGAAUGAAUAGUGAAUGUCAGGCAAUGCGCCUGGUUGAUGGUCAUGCAAAUCUUGAUUUGUUCCUGAAUUAGGUUUAGGAUUAUUAUUUAUUAUUAGUGGCAUUUAUAAGGCGCCAACAUAUUCUGCAGCGCUGUACAAUAUAAAGAAACUAAUACUAAAGGUAGAGGGCCCUUCCUGUGAGCGGAGAUCUGGUUCUUGAAGGUCAUUUAGACAGAGUACUUUGCUCGAUAGCCCAUGAGCUUACGAUUUUUAGAGCAGAUUUAGUAAUAUGAGAUUUUUUUUUUUUUUUUCCCAGGUAAUAAAACUAGUGGAUAUACCACGCCUGUCAAGUCUGCUAUAUCAGGGAGUGCGAGGAAAAUAAAGGACAAUGCAGCAGACUGGCACAAUUUGAUGCUAAAAUGGGAGACGUGUAAUAAUACUGGGUUUGAUGCCGCAAACAAGAUUGUGAAUCUAAAAAUCAGCACCAAGUAAGUGGCAGUUGGUGAAUUGUGUUGUUUCCCAUUCUUUCCAAAAUAGCUCAAAAAGGGUGAAAACGUAAACAAUUGGAAGCUCAAUAUAUUAAUGAUGUGGUUCCCCCACUGCAAAUCACAUUUACUGGAGACUGAAUCAUUCAAAAUGUACUAAAUUUUAAUAGAACUUUGCAGAUGACAGAUUCUACAUCGUUUAACUCCACCGCUGGCAGCGCCAUUGGGAUAUUAAUAGUUAGCCUGGAUCAAGCGUUCCAGACUGCAUAAUGUUAAUUCUGUGCAUGUCUGUAGUUAGCAUGCUGGCAAAAGACAGUCAAUGGCGACAUGUAGAAAUCUCACAUAUGACUGUUCUGGUUGAACAUUUUCACUUUGUUGAAGGGGAAGUUGUGUACAUAUGACUUACAUGAUGUAUUCAUAGUCUAAAGGCUGUUGACCACCUCUAAGUAUACCUUUUAUAUCAGCUGACGUUGUUGUUUUUUUUAAAACCACUACUGGUUGCUUAAGAUAUUUUCUUUUUCUUGAAGAUCUUACAAUGAAAUGUUAUUGGACAACACAUUGUCUACCAAUGACGGUAUGGAUAAAGACAAAGUGGAAUUGGAAAACUGCUGCACAGAAUUGCUUGACAAUCUACAAAACAUGGUAUGCGUGUUUGUUUUGCCUGUGUUUGUACUUAAAGGGACACUAUAGGCACCCUGGGUGAAUAGUCCCAGGUCCCUUAACCCGGCAAAGGUAAUUAUUGCAGUUAUUAACCGCAAUAAUUACCUUGCAGGGCUAACUCCACCUCUAGUGGCUGUCUAGCAGACAGCCACUAGAGGGACUUCUGGGUCAUUAAAUGACGCUAUGCAUGAGGACUUCCAGUGUCAACGGAAUUCCCAUAGGUGAGCAUUGUAUAAUGCUUUCCUGUAGGGAAAUUCUAAUGCGAGCACAGCCAUUGCCGCACAUGCGCAGUAUGUCUCCCCUGCUGGCUGACUUAGACGGGGGAGGAGUGGAGGCGGACUGGAUUGAGGUAAGUGACUGAAGGGGUUUUUAAACCCUUCUGCACCUCGGGGAGGAGGACACUAUAGGGAGCUAUAGUGCCAGGAAAACAACUUUAUUUUCUUGGCACUAUAAUUUCCCUUUAAUCUUCCAGGUAGCUAGGCUGUAAGUUACUUGGAGAAAAGAUUAUGUAAUGGCAAUUUUAGUUGUCAUGCAGAUGUGUGUGUAUAUGUGUAUAUAUAUAUAUAUAUAUAUAUAUAUAUAUAUAUAUAUAUAUAUAUAUAUAUAUAUAUAUAUAUAUUUUUUGUUGUUCUAAACUUUACAUAUAUAUCAUUCAUUGAUUGUAAGCUCUACACCUAACACGAAAGCAGUUGAUCACAGUUGGAUUUGUCUUCAUCUUUUACUUAGGAGCACAUACUGGUGAGGAUGGAGAAACUGUCUUCUACAUUAAAGGGAGUUUGUGAACUUGAAGCUUAUCAAUGCAGCCGCAAUGUUUCUAAACCCAUCUUAUUUCAUACGUGGCCAACAACGCUUUUCUGUAAGUAAUGUCUUCAAUAUAUAACUGAGAAAAUAUGGGGACUUUAACCCCCACAGAUCGAUUACGUAAAUACACACCAGCCUUGGUAGAUAUUACUUUGGUUGGAGGACACAUUCAGAGUAAUUUCCCAAAGUGAGAAUGCAAUUUCUGUUUUAAAGCCAAAGUAGGUGAACUUGGAAGCAUAGCUGACAGAGUUUAUACAGUUCAAUUAUUUUGACCUUGAAUGUUAAAUUUCCUUUUAAAUUUUCACUUUAGUCAAUGACCCUGUUAUUAUCUUAUUUGACCUUUUGAGUGUAGGUCUUAUAGUUGGAUGGAUUUGUUUUUGUGGAGUAGAUAAUGGCACUCCUAUACAUCAUAUAAGACACGCUUAUUGUUUGACAUGUUUACAUAAAUGUUACCAACAUAACAUGCUUUUGUUCUAUAAGAAACCAAAACACAAGUGUUUACAUCUUGUGAUGUCUUCUUCCAGAUGAAACCUCCAUAAAGAUGUCCGAGAUGUACAAGAAAGAAAUGUCUCUCAAGAGGACAAUUGCUGGUCACAUCGCACACACGUCAGAUCAAGAUUUAUUAAUGGUGUAUUUAUCGUGCUGGCUGUAUCAGCCAUAUAUUGAGAAUAGCAUUAAGGUACUACUAGAGGGCAUGUUAUUAGAAACUGGACAUCGGCCUCUUUAAUAUAAAACUUGACGCAACUGGUCACCAUGGAAACUGGCUACACAGGUUCUCGUGGAAAAGCGAAGUAUGUUCUCAGUUUCAUUCAGUAGAAGUUGAGUUGUAUCUGUUGCGAAGUUUUGAGUAGACUAGACAAGUGAUCAUUCUGGAAAUAAGAAAAAUAAUUACAUAGCCAAAGGCUGGCAAAAAUACAGAUGGAGAGCGAUUGUGGUCCUCAAUAUCCCUGCUUCGAGAAGUGGCUAAAUAUCGUUUGGAUUGACUUGGUAUAUGGAACCCUGUCAAGUCAAAUUUGCUUAGUUUUUUUAAGCUCCUUGGAAAUUCUCAACUGCAGAACAGCAAGUUUCCAUCAAUCCUCAUUCAAAGUUAUUUGGUAAACAGUAAUUUUUAACAAUCACUUUUAGCCUAGCAGUACAAAUCUGCCCAGACGUCUGUUAGUAAAGUUUGUGUUGCAUCAUACAUAAUUCAACUACCUGCACCACAGUACCACAAUUCUAUUUGUUUCGCCAUUUGAGUAAAUCUGUUAUAUGCCACUUUCUGCACCAUUACAUACAUGAAUUUCUACAUUAUCAAUGCAGAUGAGGAAUGGGCAGUUCAGUGAAAACCCUGAAAUGGUUUGACACACAAAAAGAAAACGAUAGCUCCCAUAUAAUCUUUACAACCUUAACAGCACACUGAGCCAUAAUGGUGCAAAGUGUAUUCUUUUACAUUAUUCAUUGAUGAGUUUAAUGUGUACCAUACAUAAGGACUAAAACAUGGAGAUGAUUGAAGUUGCCGUGUCUCUCGUUCAGAAACGUUCCCAUUAUUACAUAUCUAGGCAGCCUUAUGGGUUGGCCAGUCUGAUCUUAAAAUCGAAAUAUCUGCUCUGUGACUAUGCAUCUUAAAACGACGUGGGCAUUAUGCCAUAGUAAAAGAUAUUCCGCAUUGCAUGUAGUGUGUUUUUAUGUGUAUUGUCCAAGGAGAACUAAAUGUUGGUCAAGCAGGUCUGCUUUAGAUAAAUAUCUGGUUAAAAAAAACAAAAACCUAGAGUCAAUAGAAAGAUAUUAAAUUUAAAUUCUAAAAAUGGAGGAAUGGGUUUGCUAACAUGCUAGAGUUGUAUGAGACAUGCGCAUUGGCUCAUAUAGUUACAACUUUGAAAGAGAGAGUUCUAUGGAGGAAGCUUGGGCCAAAAUAGAAGCGAUAAGAAUGAAUGUCCCAGAUUUAUUAUCCAUAUUUUGGAAAACGAACAAUGAGGAUAAUCUCUACACGGGUUUAAUCAUUAAUAAUUUAAUGCUACAUUGGAAAAACUGGAAAAAGAGACUCACGAUUGUAGACAAAAUUAUUAAAGAUUUGCCAUUAAAACUCCUGACAGCUAUUAUUGAAGACUUAAGAGUUAGAACUUGGAAGGCUAACGGUAUACAUAGAAUUGUUCAGAUUAUGCAACAAAAUCAGAUUGUUCCUUUUGAACAAAUUAGACAAACUUUUUCCUUUCCAUAUAAAGAAAAUGUUACAUACGUAAGGAUAAAACAUUUUAUAAACAAACACAAAGUAGAAGAAACUUCAGAAGGUAUACAAUCUUUCUUAAAUAUACUAAAUAUUAAGAGCAAUAAAAAAAUUGUAUCAAGAUGUGCAAACCUGUGCGAUCUAUUUAAAAUCAUUCCAGCUCUUAAAGGACCACUCUAGGCACCCAGACCACUUCAGCUUAAUGAAGUGGUCUGGGUGCCAGGUCCUUCUAGGGUUAACCCAUUUUUUUUUAUAAACAUAGCAGUUUCAGAGAAACUGCUAUGUUUAUUAAUGGGUUAAGCCUUCCCCCUAAUCCUCUAGUGGCUGUCUCAUUGACAGCCACUAGAGGCGCUUGCGUGCUUCUCACUGUGAUUUUCACAGUGAGAGCACGCAAGCGUCCAUAGGAAAGCAUUGUAAAUGCUUUCCUAUGUGACGGGCUGAAUGCGCGCGCAGCUCUUGCCGCGCGUGCGCAUUCAGCCCAGGAAGAGGAGAGGAGGAGGAGAGGAGGCAGAGAGCUCCCCGCCCAGCGCUGGAAAAAGGUAAGUUUUUACCCCUUUCCAGAGCCAGGCGGGAGGGGGUCCCUGAGGGUGGGGGCAUCCUCAGGGCACUAUAGUGCCAGGAAAACAAGUAUGUUUUCCUGGCACUAUAGUGGUCCUUUAAUUCCUGGGAAAAGGACUUACAGAUCAGUAGCUCUAGAAAAGAGUGGAUAAUUGCAAAUAAUGCAGUAAUUAAAGCCAUACAUUGCUUAAAUAUUACUGAGAGCCAUUAUAAAAUUAUUAAUAGAUGGCAUUAUGUUCCUAAUAAAUUAUCGAAAAUGUAUCCAGAUACCCAAAAUACGUGCUGGAGAUGCAUGUCACCUCAGGCUGACUAUGUUCAUAUCUGGUGGUCAUGUCCAAUAAUAUUACAGUUAUGGAAGAAGGUAGUAAAAUUCUGUAGAGAAUAGGUGGAGGUUGAUUUGGACUUAAACUGUAAAUCAGUGAUGCUUCACCAUAGUUGGACUAAUCUCCUAUUGUCUAAAAAAAAAAAGAGCUAAUUAUACUUUUAUUAACUGAGACUAAAGCAUCUCUCCCAGAUACUCCACACUGGGAAAUUAUAAAAUCUCAAGUUCAUAAUCAUUGUAGAAGAGAAAUAGAGAUCUUGAGGCAGGAAAAAAAAUUUAAUCCACGAAUAGAACAAUGGGAAAAUUGGGUCUCCAAGUUGGAGAAUACUAGGGUUUAAACCUCCUUUAGGGAUUAGACAUGCACAAGGUUUUGUUGAGGGUUAAGUUCUUUGAUCCGGUUAAAUGUUAGCGGAGAGGUUGAAAGACAGGAGAGGGUAAAAACAGUAUGUUUCAUCUUACUUAAUGUCUUCUACCUUCAUAUUGAUACAACCUAUUUGAUCCCUAUUAUAUGUUACAUACCAAAUAAGGUAUAUUGUAAUAUUAAACUCAAUCAGUUGUGGAUAUUCUCUCGAUGUGCUCCUCCAUAUGUGUUUUUCGUUUUUCCUUGAUAGGUUUAUUGUAAAAUGAGAGGAAAUCAGAUGCAGAUUAUUAUACAGGAUUUAUAUACAAACUACACGUAAGUUUUCGAUGUAAUAUCUAUACUUCCUGUGUUCAUGUAUUAUUGUGUUUGCUUCAGUCUCUUUUAUACAAGAUUGUCUUUUGUCUAUUGUGAAAAAAACAUUUUUCUUAAGAAAACAAUAAAGAUUAUAAACAUAAAAAAAA